GAUCAGUUUCCGGUUGUGUCUUUUAUGUGUAACACACACUCAGCUGCAGUGAAGUUGAGCAGCUGGAAAAACGACGAGUUUGGAUUUACUCACAUUACUGACCCGCUUGAUUUAAGUCUGUUAAGGGUCGAACAAGAGGAUUAAGUGUUAUUGGUGAUGUAAAUAAACUAGUUUGGGAAGAAUCGUUUCUGGCAGUUGAGAAAUGUCUGGAUGAAGAAGAGGAGAACUUAUCGCCAUUAAACUACAGGUUUCUGUGAUGACUGGUUAAUGUUUGUAUAAUGGAGUCGAAGGCACAGGUUUUAUAUGAUUUCUCGGCAGAGCCUGGGAAUAAUGAGCUGUCGGUCCGAGAGGGUGAGACAAUCACAAUAACCAAUCAGAACAUCGGAGGAGGAUGGAUCGAGGCAAGGAACUCUAGAGGAGAUGUUGGAUUAGUACCAGAGGACUAUUUAGAGCUUAACCCGGCUCAACCUUUUACUUCUGGAGGAGUUACUUCUGGAGGAAAUGCUGCCGCCCUCGACCUCUCGUUCUUUGACAGUCACAUGCCGACCCUAGCCACUACAGCCAGCACUGCACCGGUGGAUGUAGCUCAGCCGGAAACCCCAGUCGCCCCAGUUACCCCAGGCUUCUCUUCCACCUCACCAGAUGAGACAAGUAAUGGUAAUGACCCAUGGGCAGCGUUUGACAAUAAUGCCUCUGGGGGGGUUUCUAAUAACUGGCCCGCUCAACCUGAGGGCACAGAGACGGGGAAAACCAGCAGCAAUGCGUGGAAUUCUGGAGGACACGGACACCCGCAGGCUUACCAGGGUCCAGGUGCAGAAGACGAUGAAUGGGACGAGGAGUGGGAUGACGUGAAGUCAUCGGGUGGUUAUGCUGAAUCUGAGGCUGGAGACGGUGGCGCUAUGAACAGAGGCGGAGCUCACGGUUCAUCCAUGAAAAUUGCCCUCAAUAAAUUCCCUGGCUUCUCCAAAUCAGGUCCUGAGUUGUACCUGCUGUCCAAACAAGCCGCUAAAGGAACCAAGUUGCCCAUUUAUAUGGGAGAAGUUGGCCCAGUGUGGGCAUAUCCAGACUAUCAGCUGGACUGUGUUGUCGCUGACCCUAAAAAGGGCACCAAAAUGUACGGCCUCAAGAGUUAUAUUGAGUACCAAGUCACGCCUACCACCACAAACAAGCCUGUCAAUCACAGAUACAAGCACUUCGAUUGGUUAUAUGAAAGGCUUUUGGAUAAAUUCGGGUCGGCGAUUCCAAUCCCCUGCUUGCCUGAUAAACAGGUGACAGGUCGAUUUGAGGAAGAGUUUAUAAAAAUGCGUAUGGAGAGGCUUCAGGGUUGGAUGUCGCGAAUGUGCCGGCAUCCGGUUAUCUCCUGCAGCGACGUCUUCCAGCUGUUUCUCUCCUACAAAGAUGAGAAGGACUGGAAAACGGGAAAGAGAAAAGCAGAAAAAGACGAGACUGUCGGAGUCAUGGUCUUCUCCACGAUAGAGCCCGAGGGACUGCCAGACCUUGAUAUGACUGAAGUAGAGAAUAAAUGUGAGCAGUUCAGCCGUUUCACCAAGACGAUGGACGACGGUGUGAAAGACUUGCUGACCAUAGGAAAUGAACACUGGAAACGCUGCACGGGCCCCCUUCCAAAGGAAUAUCAACGCAUUGGCAAAGCUUUCCAAAACCUGUCGUCCGUGUUCAUCAGCAGUGGAUAUCAAGGAGAGGCUGUGCUCACAGACGCGAUGACGGCAGCAGGAAAGACCUACGAGGAGAUCGCUCAGUUGGUGGCAGAGCAGCCUAGGAAAGACCUUCACUUCCUCAUGGAAACCAACAAUGAGUACAAAGGUCUGCUGGGAUGCUUUCCUGACACUAUUGGAGUUCACAAGGCUGCCAUAGAGAAGGUCAAGGAAGGCGACAAACUAGUGGCCGCCAGUAAAAUCAGCCCUUCAGAAAAGACCUCCAUGUCUAAACGUGCCAGCACCAUGUCAUACGCUCUGCAAGCGGAGAUGAACCACUUCCAUAGCAACCGUAUCUAUGACUACAACAGGGUGAUGCAGCAGUACCUGGAGGAGCAAGUCAAAUUCUAUGAGAUGAUUGCAGAGAAACUACGACACGCUCACAGUCGGUUCACUACUAUGUAACGGUCCAGAAGCUGCCUCGGUGUCUCUUCAUUUUCUGUUCCUCUCACAUGAUUAUUCUUGCUCUGUUUUUUCUAUUCCUGUUAUCAGUGCCAUAAAAAUAUCCUUUCGAUCUCAGGCCAAAGAUAGUGUCUCAGAAAGCAUAUGUGAAAACUGGCCAAGCUCAAGAGUUUUUUUAACAGCAGCAACAGAUUGUCUAAAGAAUCUUAUUAUAUGGGGGCUUUAAUUAUUAUAAUUGUCUGGUUGUUCAUUUGGAUGUUCCACAUUUUGUAAUGACCCUUGUAGUUUUGAUAUAAGAUAAAUAUGAGCAUGCAUUUAAAGAGACAUAAUAUAAUGUACUACUUUUAUACAAGUGAUCUGAACAUAUACCGGUGCCAUCGUUUGAACUAAUGAGGCUAAGCCUUGUUUCAUUGUGCCUUCUUUUGUAUAGACCCUUCAAAACAACAUGCUUUUUAUCCACUGCACUUUACUAUGGCCUUUAAGAUGCAUCAUCCUGUUUGUAUUUGGCCAAAAAACAACCCAAUCGUUUUCAAUAGAUGGUCCUGGAGGUAAUUUCAGGAGGGCUGGUCCUUUUCCCUCAUAAAAGACAUUGCCAUUAGUUCUUUUUCUCUCUCCCCGAAGCCAAAUUACAAACCGAGAUGGUGCUCCGUUUGAUGCUUCCACCUCAGUGCAAUUAUCACCAUUUUCUUAUCCUGUAAAAGUGAAAUUAUACUCCGUCAGGUGCAUGUUUUCCAGUUGUUCGUAUAUUUUAUAUGUAUAACAGUGUUUGCAAGUCUUUUGCACACAGAAUGACAAAACAAUUGAGAUUAUGAUUUAAUAAAUACUGAUUUGUAUGCCAUGCAA